AUGGCAGAUUCAAGUUAUUACUUAAAUCAAACUGUCCCUGUUUCAUCCAUUCAAACAACAACACCUAUGAAUUAUAUUCUAUUAGGUAAUCGUAUUGGAACAAUUAUCUAUUCAAUAAUUUAUAUAUUGGGUUUUCUUGGUAAUACAUUUGCUCUUAUGACAUUUUCCAGUCGAUGUAUGCGUCAAAAUUCAAGUGGCAUAUUUCUUCUUAUAUUAUCAAUAAGUGAUAUUAUUGCACUUGUAACAUCAAUAUGGUUCUAUUUAUCUGAUGCAUUUGCAAUUAAUUUACAAAAUUAUUCCGCAUUAGCAUGUCGUCUUCGUACAUUUCUUGCUUAUGUUUUUAUGGAUUUAUCAUCGUGGUGUGUAGCCGGUUUAGCAUUUGAUAGAUAUAUACGUAUUCGAUUACCUAUGUAUUCAAAAAAUGUUUGUACACCACGUAAUGCAUUAAUAAUGAUAUUAAUAUUUUUUCUUUUGUUAUGUGGUAUAAAUGGACAUUAUUUUUCACCUGGUAUUGGACAAGAACGUGGUGAAAAUCGUACAACAGCACAUUGUUUAGAAAAUCGUAAAAAAUAUCCAAAUUAUUAUUAUUUUUAUAAAAUAAUUUGGCCAAAAAUUGAUAUGAUUAUUUUUUGUUUUUUACCUGCUUGUAUUAUGAUUUUAUGUAAUGUUAAUAUAAUUUAUCUUCAUAAAAAACGAUUACAUAAUUUUGAAAAUUUAAAUAAUUAUAGACUAAAGAAAAGAUCUACACAAAUAAAUAUUCAACAAACAUUAAAUGGUAUUUUACCUGUUCAAAACGCAUCUAUAAUACGUCGAAGAACUAUGGAAAGACAAAUGUCAUUAAUGAUGGCAGCUUGUGUUAUUGUAUUUCUUUGUACAACAUUACCUAUAACAAUAUAUCUUAUUUUACUUGAACAAGUUAUUAUGAAAAAUCCAAAUUUUGCACGAAACAAUGCCUUUUUACCAUUUAUAUUUCGUAUGCUGCGUGCUCUUAUGUAUAUUCAUUUUGGCUCGAAUUUUUAUUUAUAUUGUUUAACUAGUCGAAUAUUUCGUGCUGAAUUUAUUCAACAAAUAACAUGUCGAAAAUUCAUUGUAGAAUCAAAUCAUGACCAAUCAAAACAUUUUAUACUUAAUAAACUUUUUCAUUUAUAA